AUGAUCGACACCGCUGCACCAUGGCAAGAAGCAGCUGCUGCCAAAAGACAAGAACGACAGGCUUCGGUCCCCCACGAAUGGCUUUUGGCACCGUCCGUGCUAGAGGGAGUUCAUCUGGGACCCGAUUCAGGCACCAACGUGCUUGCUCUCGAUUUGCCUCGCAGAUCUGGUCUUCUCUCUGAGCUUGAGCUAGCCAUUACCGAGAAAUAUUCUUGCCCAGACUUGCUUCAAAAGCUGGCAGCACGAGAGCUCAGCUCUGCCCAAGUGACACUGGCUUUCUGUAAGCGAGCGGCGAUUGCACAUCAAUUGACAAACUGCCUUACCGAAAUCUUCUUUGAGCGAGGCUUGAGUCGUGCAAAGUAUCUCGAUGAAUACAUUCAGACUCACAAAAAGCCGAUUGGACCCUUGCACGGUCUCCCCAUCAGUAUCAAGGACUGCUUCGAUAUAGAGGGUCUUCCUUCGACCAUAGGACUUGUAUCCUACCUCAAAAAUCCCCCCAUGCCUCACAAUUCACAUGUCAUUGAUAUCUUGCUGGACUUGGGUGCUGUGCUGUACGUCAAAACAAACGUGCCACAGAGCAUGAUGACCUGUGACUCGGAAAACAAUGUGUUUGGCCGCACGCUCAACCCCCAGAACCUGAGUCUCAAUGCUGGUGGCUCCAGUGGCGGCGAGGCCGCUCUGAUCGCCUUCCACGGCUCGCCAAUCGGCAUAGGCACAGACUUUGGAGGUUCAAUCCGUAUGCCUGCCGCUUGCACGGGUAUCUAUGGCUUCAAACCGUCCUCGGGCCGUGUACCGUAUGGAAGGCAGACCGAAGGAGUGACUCCUGGAUACAUCCCAUUUUCAGGUGCUGCCGGGCCUCUCUGUCACGGUGUAAGCGACAUAGCAUGUUUCAUGGAGGCCGUUAUCUCGGCGAAGCCUUGGAAUUAUGAUUCCUCAGCCAUUGCGUUCCCUUGGAGGCAUCUUCCGGACCUAGACCGGCCCCUGACGAUUGGCUUACUGGCCGAGGAUCCAAAGUACCCGUUGCACCCACCCGUACGCAGGGCUCUUUGUUUGGCGGCCGAGAAGCUGACCGCCGCUGGCCACACCGUGGUACCAAUCCCCCAUGAUCCGGAACACAGUAUCAGUGUGUCGACCGAGUUGAUGUUCCGAUACUACCACUCGGAUCCCGACAAGACCGUUCUCAAAAUCAUUCAGGAUGGCAAAGAGCCCGUCAUAGAAUCUCUUGUGAGGAUGAACACCCUCGGGUCGCUUGGCGAAACGAACGAGCUCCCGAUCAGAGAGCUUGGGGCCAUGAAUCGUCUACGCUACGCCAUAAUCGAAUAUUGGAGAAAGACGUUUGUGGAUGGCAAGCUGGAUGUCCUCCUGGCUCCGCCAUCACAAACCACGGCCGUGGCCCACGAUACCUGGAACUGGAUUCCUUAUACCGCUUCUUUCAAUCUAGUCGAAUUCCCCGGUAUCGUGAUUCCGUUUUCCAGAUCCUCCAAAGAGCUUGAUCCCGACGCAGUUGUUUUCGAGGCCCCUGCUAUUGGCCCGAAAUAUGAUCCCAUUCUCGUCGAUGGCGCACCUUGUUCUGUACAAGUUCUGGCCCGGAGUCUGCAGGACGAGGAAUGUCUGCGCGCUGCGAAAAUCAUUGACGGCGUUCUGAACAAGACAAGCAGUUGA